UUCCUUUGUUGCUUUUAUCGCUCCUCUAAACCUCACAACGACGUCGCAGCUUCUGGGUUAGCAAUGAUGCUGGCUACUGCGAGCCAUUCUGACUGUUGUCAUUUCUUAAAGGAAAAGCCGAGUGCAUAAUCUGACUCGUGGUUUGAUGAGGAUUACACGAAUUUACGUGGAAAGUUAACUUGUUUUUGACUAGUUUGCUAAAAAUCUGGUUAGAAACCAUCACGACCUCUUCUCAUGUGAUCAGCGCGAGGGAUGUUGCUGGAGGUCAUUAUGGGACCAGCUGAGCCAUGGCCAACAUUCAGAUCCGAAAGUACCGGCAUGAGGACUCUGAAACCGUAAAGGAGCUCUUCACCUCAGGGAUGAAUGAGCACUUGCCUUCGUCCUUCGUGCACGUCCUGAAACAGCCGCUGACCCAGAUGUUCCUCAUGGUCACGUUCUGCGCCCUCAUUACCAGCUCCCAGUCCUUCCUGCUGCCAGUCCUGGCCGUCACCCUCCUCCUGGCCGGAGUCCGGCAGAUGAUCGUCUACAUGUUCAACCAAUACAUAGACGCGUCUUUGAAGAAUGACCUCAACGACAUCAGCGAGACCUACCUGCGGAAGAAUAAUUCGUGCUUCUGGGUGGCUGAAAGCGACGGUCAGGUGGUCGGGAUGGUGGCGUGUCUCCCCUCCGAGAAUAUGCCCGAGUUUUUGGAGCUGAAGUGCAUGUCGGUGCGGCGCAGUCACCGAGGGAAGGGAAUCGCUAAGAGUCUGUGUCGGACAGUGGCAGAUUUCACUAGGGAGAGAGGUUUCCCUGCCGUCAUCCUUUACACGUCUAUGGUCGCUACCGACGCUCAAAAACUGUAUGAACACAUGGGUUAUAAGAAGAUGAGGCAGUUUCCUAUACCAGAGUUUUUUGCGAAAAUCAUCAACUUCACUCUGAUUGAGUACAGACUUGAUUUAGAGGAAGAGAAAUAAAGCUAGUGAAACUGACAAACUCUUUAAAGCGUCUUUGUACUUAGUUUAUUUCAUCUUUUUUUGUGGCAAGUUUUUCCGCGGUUACUAUCUAAACAACGUCCAUUACGCAGCAUGUUUUCCCCUACCGUUGUUGAGUUCUUUAUCUAUGUAUUUAAAAAUGUCGGUAAACAAUAAUCACGUAAGGAAGCCAUUUUUCUCUUUUUCUGGUGAUUUACUCUGUGGUGCUGCCAUAUAUGGGUGUGGUGGCUUCUGGUUGUUGAUGCGAGUGUGUGCAGGUGCCUGGGGAGGAUCUGGACCGUGUGUGGGGUGAGCAGUUUUUCAUUGAAAAUAAUGUACAAAUAUUCUGCAUGGUCAUCACUUUAACUUGUCACCAAGUUCUGCAGGAACCUGCAAAUAAACUGACUUAAAUCAAAUAAGGAAAACCA